AUGGCAUCAAUCCGUCGAACACUGUCACCAGCUUAUCACGACCGUAGCUACCAAAACGGCGUCGCUUCAGCACAGUCUCACAAGCUUUUUAGCACUAACAACAACAGUGGAAAAUACUCUUCCUCCACUGCCACCGUCGCCGCAGCCUCCGUCUACCUCCGCCGGAAAGGAUUUCGCAGAUCCUUGUACAGAUGCAUGUUAUUUUUCAUCUUAGGGCUUUUACUAGGUAUCUUCCCGUUUGGUCACGUGGAUAACGAUAUCAAUAAGCAUGAUUUCUCCUUCGAAAUGAAACCGCCACAUGUCAACGUCCAAUUGGACACCAACGAUAAUUUUGCUAUCCCUGCUGUAUCCCUCGGCGUCGACCAAACGAUACCGCAAUUGGAUCGAUUUUCAAGGUUUGAUUAUGUAGAGAGAAGGCAAGUGAUAGUGAUAACACCGACAUAUAAUCGAGCAUUACAAGCUUACUUUUUGAAUAGAUUAGGGCAGGUGUUGAGGUUAGUGCAGCCGCCGUUGUUGUGGAUUGUGGUGGAGAUGACGCCAGCGUCGGCGGAGACUGCGGAGAUAUUGAGGAAAAUAGGGGUGAUGUAUAGGCAUUUGGUGUGUGUUAAUAAGAAUAAUACGAAUGUGAAGGACAGAGGGGUGCAUCAGAGGAAUGUGGGGUUAGAGCAUAUAGAAAGGCAUAGACUUGAUGGGAUUGUUUAUUUUGCUGAUGAUGAUAAUGUGUAUUCGCUUCAAUUGUUUGAGAGCUUGAGAAAUAUCAGUCGUUUUGGCACCUGGCCGGUUGCAAUGCUUGCACAAAGCAAAAACAAAGCAAUUUUGGAAGGUCCGGUAUGCAAUGCCAGUCGAGUAAUUGGAUGGCAUACGAACGAGAAAAGUAAAAAACUUCGCAGGUUUCAUGUUGAUAUGUCUGGAUUUGCUUUCAACAGCACAAUCUUGUGGGACCCAAAGAGAUGGAAUAGCCCCUUUUCAAAUCCAAUUCGACAGUUAGAUACUGUGAAGGAGGGUUUCCAAGAGACCACAUUCAUUGAGCAAGUGGUGCAAGAUGAAAGUCAAAUGGAGGGUGUACCACCUGGUUGUUCAAGGAUACUGAACUGGCAUCUUCAUAUGGAUGCUCAUGGUCUUGUCUAUCCCAGAGGCUGGCUGCUUCAGAAGAACCUGGAUGUUGUUCUGCCCAUCAAAUGA